AUGGCUGUGUAUCCGCCUAUCUCUCGCCAUCAAACUCAGCCUCGUUCGUGUCUGCGGACGUUGGCACGCUCUCGCCACACCGCUCCUAUAUCAAGUAGCCACUGUCUCAGAUCGGAACCUGUGCACCCUACAUCGUGCUUUGAAGCAAGCGACAGAAAGUUCGAAUGGUGUUUUGUUAGGCUCUCUGGUGCGCUGUCUAGACGGUCGUCCCGUGUAAGACAACGGACUGCCCAUGCUUGGCGAGGUUUUUGGAUAUCGCUUGCACAUUCGCAUACUCACUGCCGUGUCGAUAUACAACGACACGCAGCCCAGGGCGUCUUCGAAGUGAUGGCUUCAAAAUGCAGUCCGAAGUUGCAAAGGCUGGUUUCUGAUGUGGAGAGUCCAUUAUUGGGCGACUUUCUUGAACGGCUGCCAAACCUGCGUACCUUGUGCCACCCGUAUUUUUUCUCGCACGACCUACCGCCUCUCUCGAACCUGAGCUUCACGUCUUUGGACAACUGCCAUGAGGUUUGCUCAUCCAUCUCCGGCAAAAAUGCCACAACGUCGUACCCCGAUCUCAGGCUUCUUCUUCUCCAGUGGGAUGGGGACUCGUCGCUAGUACAGAGAGAGCAUAUGGCGUGCGCCUUGACGGCCGUGCAUCUGGAAACAAUGAUCAACAUCUCUGAACCAGUUUUCAAGGCCCUGGCGGAAGACUGUCCUCACCUCACUCACCUCAUCUUUUACUAUCAUCCGAAUGAGAAAUGGAUCGAAGGAGCUAUCAAUCCUGACGAAGAUAUCCAGGAUGAAGUCCAGGAAUCUGAGGACACUUCUGAUGAUAGCGACGAUGAUGAGCCUGGGGUCAUUAUAGAUUUGCCUCGUCCCGCAGUCCCAAAGUACAGAGCCGGAGAGUUUCCUCUCAUCACGCAUCUGGCACUUUCCCCCCGAUAUGGCCAAACCCUCGGCCGCUAUGCCGCAUACGCCUUUUUCGCCUGGCUGGCUGCGCAAAUGCCCCCCUCACCGCGGGUUAUGCGAUUUGUCGAUUGUAACAUGGUGGACAGAUUCUGCAAGCGAUACCCGCGGGACCUGGCGCGCGGGCUGGAGAAGCUCCCCGGUGUGCGGGUGGAGGAUCACGAAGGGAACGACAUCUGCUGCCUCUCCUCGCCACGUCACGUCGCCAGUUCUCUCGGUACACAAGCUUCUGAGUCAAUAUUUUCCGACGAGGCUCUCUUCGACUUCUGA